AUGGAGGACGAUUGUGAAUGGGCUUGGCUCCCCAAGAACUUACUGCACUCCAUAUUAGACCAACUACAGCCAAUGGAAGAUGUUAUCAGAUUCAGCGCCGUUUGUACGGAAUGGCGUUCUGUUGCGGUAGAGAAUUUCGAAAGUCGCUCUCUUCAUCGAAGACAAGUUCCAUUCUUGAUGAGUCGUACAAAAGACAAUAUCGGUAAUUUACACAGCGUGACCCAGAAGAAGAUGUAUAAAUUCCGGUUUCCAAUGCCUGACAAUAUGAAGUGUUGCGGCUCUUCCCUCGGUUGGUUGAUUAUGCUCGAUGUCACCAUGGACGUCAUCCUCUUCAAUCCCUUCUCCGGCAACACCAUUACUUUUCCUCCCAUUCGACGAUUGGUAUUUGAGAAACGUUAUGCACUAGAAUAUGACUAUAUCCACGGUCUCUCUGCUCUCAAGCGAUAUGAAUAUGAAAUACGAAUACGAGAAGAACAUGGGGAAGAAGAAUUGGAAAACAGGUUAGCCUUCAUUAAAUCUGGUGAUGAAGAUUGGACUUACAUUGAUGAUAAAACUAGUGGCUUUGAUUAUCUCUUUAAGACAAGUCCUCGAGUUAAGGGUUUUCGGUAUUUCGAGGAUAUCCUUUAUUGGAAAAGCCAGUUUUAUGCUGUGGAUAGCCUCGGAAAACUUCUAUCUUGUGAAAUCAAUACAAAUUUUACCAAUUUGAGGGUUAAGAUUGUUGAUGUUCCAAAGAGGGGAAUUGGGGCCGACCCUAUUUCAACUUCAACUUCUUUUCAAGAAGUUGUUCAAAGUCUAAGAGAAGAUGUUCAAAGUCCUUUCUUUGAAGGUAAUAUAAGUGUUUGGUCCGCCUUUUUGGUAGAAUCCGUUGAAGGUGAUUUACUUUGGGUUCCCAAAUUCAGGUCUAAUUUUCUUACUAGGAAAUUUUGCGUUUAUAAGCUAGUAGAUAAUGGUGGGAAUGUAGGGUGGGUUGAGAAAGAGGAUUUGGGUGAUGCCUCCUUAUUCCUAGGAGACAACCAUUCUAUUUUAGUUCGAUGUCAGCCAAGCUCCAUAUAUUUCGUGGACAAGGAGGAUGAGACUGUAUGGUGUUAUCCUGGUUAUCCUUUUGACAUGGGUGUAUACAACUUGGAACAUAAAGCAGUUGCACGAGACUACCAAUUGAAUCCUUCCCAAAGGUUGAACCCACCUCCAAUUUGGAUACUGCCUACAUUCAUGUGA